AAACUAAAAUAAAACGACUGUCUCCUCCUCCCCGCGCGAAAAACGUGGUUGGAGAAUUAAAGACAAACUCAUACAUACUGUACUCACCCUCACCCUCUCCCUCUCCCUCUCCCUCUCACUCACAUUCAUUCAUUCAUUAAAAUAAUAAUUUCAUCCGCUCAUUUCUGUCUUCAGAUUCACAAGACGCCCGUCUUUUAAACUCGACCCAUUCGUCAAUUUCUUCUAUCCACCCUACUACCUCCCUCGCAUCUUUCCCUCUAAUUAAAUUCUUAUCCGACGGAGCGCGAACCUGAUACAAGACAUCAUAUCUGAUCCAUCCACUAAAUUUUCAACAAACGUAUUCGAGUUUCGAAUGUCUUUUACAUAACUAAUAAGAAUUUCAUGGUCUGCGAUAUCGAUUAUUAUCUCGACUCUUUUUCGCAAUCAUGCCGAGUUUCUUCUCAAGGUUAAAGGGGAAAGAUGGCCCAACGAAAGCUUCCAAGAAGAAGGGAGGACUUGAUGACCUUAGUGAUCAAGCACCAGCGAAGCCAACAUGGACAGAUGCAUGGACGAGAACCACGGUAGAACCAGAAGAGAUUCAAGAACUGGUGAGGGGAUGUACCGUGGAAUUAAAAUCAAGAGGUAUGAAAUGAUUCAAUAUUGAUAUCAUUCCGUUAUCGAUUAUGCACGAAGCCUAGGAAGGAUUUACUAUGGAUUUCUCCAUGUUACACAUGCUAAUUCGUUUUUUGUCAAUGCAGCUUUGGACAUGCCAUUCCUUCUACUCCCAUUCCGACCUACCUCAGAUCCGAGCGCGGCAAGAACGUUCAUUAGGAAUUUCUUCGAUAAGAGACAAUUGAGUCGGGAGAUGUUCGCUCAAGAAUUAAGACUCACGGAACCGAUGGUGAGCUGCUAGAUUGACUUCUAGAGCAGGAUAAAUAACUGAUGCCAACUAGGUUCUAUGCAGUGUGCUUAAAUGGUGUUGGAGUCGAAUGGUUGGUGGUGUAGUUUCUUGGGACGCAUAUGAACUAUUUAAAGUGGGAGAGCAUGGUAGGAGAUUUGGUAUCGAAAGAGAAGAAAUCGUGGCUGACUCUAGCAGACUCAAAUUAUGCCCGAGACGCUUUUGUGACUUUUAUACCUUUGAGUGUAGAAUCUGAGGCGAGAAGAGAUAUCAUUUUUGACUUCUUUGACCUCUUAUCAGCAAUUGCAGCACAUGGAAAAUUGAAUGGUUUAGCUGGACGCAAAUUAUCAAGAUAUGCGGGAUGGUGGGCUUUCGAUCAAGUUGAUACAGGUAAUGGAUUUGAAGGUGGAUAUAAAGGAUGGUCAACGUGGGUGAAAUUGUUUGACAAAUUAAACAAAUGUGCUAACAACAUAUAGUGCGGCCGAUGCUGCAUGUCAUCUAUUUUUCGCCUACCUUCGAUCACUCUCCCCCGAAUCUGUUAGAGGAAUGAGCGGUAUAUCUAAAUUGCCAAUGUCCCUACAGAAGCUUGUCCAAGAAACAGAAUACCCACCAGAACAUCCUUCGCUAUUACAACAAUCAACUACGAAAGUGGUAAUGAUAGUGAACUCUGUUUCACCUACACCAUUUGCGUUAUUACGAAGAGCGAAUCACUUUCAAUAUCGAGACGAUGACCGCGCUUUACAGCAAUUCUCGGAAUACGAGGAUCCUGUAAGGGCUUUAACUGAUGAAUGUCGUCGUGUUUUAAGAUCAAUUUCUUCUACGAAUCAAUCCCAAAUAUCUAAUUCUCAAGACUCCACCGGUUUACGAGAUGCUUCUUGGUCACGAUUCGAGGAUGUUGGAUUUUCUGCAUCUUUUGAUGAUACGGCUGGCGAUGACAAUGGUUUUUUGGCACCGGGAAAACCAAAGCCAGUACAAGGACUAAGAAACACUCCAGCAAAUUCCGUGGUUAAAUCUGGUGAUAGGCCAACUACACCAUCCUGGGCAGAUUUCCUCUCUUCUGGCUUUACUGAUGAUGGAACAACUAGCCCCCCACCUUUGUUAUUACCACCUGAUAAGAUUUUACCACCGAUUAAUACCAGGGCCGGAAGCUCGCAAUCUCAUCAACCUAGACUUGAAUCAAAUAAAGACUUGGAACCGGGCGAACUUGCAAGCAUUACUCGAUUUGACUUGGAUGAUUCGUUCUGGUGGGUUUGGAUAAGUAGUUUGGCUGGUGAGGAGACAGUGGACAGAAAGGCCUCAUUCGGACGCUGUGCUUUGAUCGAGACGACAAUUCCUGGUGGUCGUUGGCUGUUAAUGGAGGAAAUGGUAAAAGGUGCAGCACCAGAGCCUGAAGCAGGUGCCUAUAUUGCGGAGAAAAAGAGCUUUUGGGGUCGAACGAGGAAGAAUAAAAGUAGUGCAAAACGACGAGGAUCUACUGGCAAAACAGAAUCAGAGAAACCCAACAAUUUAAAACCUGGAUAUACUCAAAGUACGAGCGCCAGUAAGACUACCAUAGGUCCUGAUCAACAUGCGCGAAUUCAAGCAGCUGCAAUUCAGUUACAACAGAGACAGAGAAAGCAGGAUGAGGAAAAGGGAUUAGCGCUUCGACGUGGAAGAAAUGAUUUGGAUGCAGAUUCGUUGAAGACAAACAGUGUCUUUACACUUCAACCAAUGCUCAAAUCAGAAGCUUCACCAGCAAUGAAAUGGGCCAAUAAAUACGAUAAAGAUGCAGUUCGAGAAGCAUAUCUUGGCAGGGACUUCACGGGACGCGGCCUUGGAGAAGCUGCUAUGGGGACGAAUGGAAGUUCAUAUGAUCGUCAAGCGGCUUUAUCACCAGGCAUUAAUAUGAACAGAGAUUUACCUCCCACUCCAACCACUCCGAUUCAAUCUUCAUCACCUUUACCAUCUCUGCCAGACAAGGAAACUGGAGAGGCGAAAUCUCCCGUUUCACCAAGUGAUAUUCACCCCCUUCAAAGAAAACCCGUUCCAAUGUCUCCUUUGAACCAAAAUAAGCCAAGUAUGGACAUCUCGAGAGCUUCUUUGGAUUAUUCGGGCUCAAGUCCAGAAAUUCGGGAUAAUAAUCAAGAAUUGAAGAAGAAAGAUCCUGCUGCCGGUAAUGGAUUCAGAGGUAUGUUUGGGAGGAAGGGAAAGCAACCAAGAGCUGCACCACCAAAUGCUUCUGAAGUAGCAAUGAAUGGUAAAGGUGGACUUAAGCCUGAAAGUAAAAGGAACAGUCUCACUAGGCGAUUUUCGAGAAGAAAGAGCCCACUUAUGUCACCCAGUAGUGAGGGAGGGGAUGGAUUUGUUUCACCAGCUCCUCCAAUGUCAUCUGGUGAACGAACUCCACUUACACCAGCUACACCAGUCACUCCUCGUCGUCCUUCUUCUGAACACUCUAUUGAUCAAGACGAUAUUUCCAGAGUUGAUACUGAGGAUGCUCGAGAAGCUUCCCAAGAAUUCUCCAGAUUUGAUCAAGGACCUCUCGAAGAUUUCCCAGCAUUUGUUCCAACGGCUGAAUCAGAUACACCAAGGGGAAGUGAAGAUUCUGCAUCACGACCCAACAUUGCAAGCAGGCGAUUUGAAGAAGCCAAAAAAUCUCAAGAUGAAGCACUCAUGCAACCAACCUCGCCUCAAGAUAGAUGGGCACAGAUCCGUAAGAAUGCUGCCGUACAAGCAGCAUCAAGUAGGGAAAGUGAGGAACAAUCUAGAGGUGGAUAUAGUCAACCAACUGAUAAUGAUGAUGGUGAAACUUCAGGUGAAGAGAGUGAGCAUUUCCCUUCUACAGCUUCCUCAUGUUGAGAUUUACUAAUGAAUCUAGCAAUUGAAUCUCGAGUCGCACGUAUUAAAGCUCGUGUAGCUGAACUUACCGGUAAUAUGGAGAAUAAUAACUCAUCUGCUCCUCCUAUUCGAAGAAAACCUCUAUAGAUAUUCUAGUCCUAUGUCAAAUACCGACACAGGUACCUUUGUCAUAAUCACCCACGACUAGAAGUUUACCCAAGACGCCCUUCUCAGCGUCUUCAACCAACAUAACCUCAAUUUCCUUACGGUUCAUCACAUCUACAUUCUACUGUCCGAUAAUUUUUCCACACACACAACUACAGCCUUUUUUGAGAUUCCAGAUUUGGUCUUGAUUAUUGCAGCGCAUAUAAUUCGGUCCGAUCAUGUCCUAUUCGAUGCACCUUUUUCAGAAGUUUUUCUCUUGUUCAUUAUUCGCGGAUUCUUUUUUACCUUUUUUUGAGAUACCAUUCAUGAUUUCUGUUGUGCGUUUUUCAACUCUUGAUGUUUUUAAGGGGGAUGAGGUGGUGAUGGUGUGAGGGGGGAAAUGGGUGAAAAUGGGUGAAGGUCGUUAGCGAUCUGGAUCUGCAUGUGGAUGGAGAUGGGUACCGGGAUAGUGGGGUUGGUCUGAUUAUGUUAUACUUUUGAUUCUGAAAGGUGGAUAAUGGUAGAGAGAGUAGAGUAUAGCUUGUGGGUUGAGAUGAUGGAAAAGGAGCUCGGAGAAGUGAUAUGAAGGGAGAAUAAAGGAGAUUUUGUGAUACCAUUGGUGGGAUACUAGGGUUGGUUUAUGAGAUGCAGUUAAUUAUACAGAUAGCAUCGUGGGUGUAUUUGGAGAUGUUUGAGGAGGAAAAAAUAAGAAAGAGAAUUGAA